CAGAGCUAAAACACACUCAGAACCAAGAAAGAGAGUGAAUGUGAAGGACAAGUGAUACAAAGAAACCACCAAGCAAGAGUAGAUUCAGGAGCUGUGAGUUCUUGGAACAGGUGAAGAAACAAGGUCAAGCAAACAUGGCGUCUGGGGUCACCACCCAACGUGCCCCAGGGAUCCUGGCCUACGAAGAUUACAGCCUGUACAGCAGCCUCAGUGAGGACGAGCUCAUGCAGAUGGCCAUAGAGCAGAGCCUGAUGGACAUGCAUAGAUCAGCAGCUGCCCAGAGCCUUCAGACACAAACAACAACAACAACAAGGAGCCAGCCAGCUGCAACUGGAGAGGCAGCUGAACACAGAAGACCUGCCAGAGCCAACCCACAAGCCCCCACUGCUUACCCUCCCAGUGGACCUCUUCAACCAUCUGGGACAGAUACUGCACUCAGUGCCUUCAUCACUGGCAACGGAAAGCAAUGUGUCUCCUGGAGAAGAUACGACGGGAGCAUUUUCGUAACCGAACAAGUCUACGAACCAAAUCCUGUUGCCACAGCAAUCAUGCUUGAAGAUGUAGACACUCUGACCAAGAUGAUGAAAUCUGGAAAAAAUAUGACUGAAGGGGACAGAGAUGGGUGGCUACCUCUCCAUGAGGCUGCAUAUUACGGCAAACUUGACAUUUUAAGAAUGUUGCUGAGAGCUUACCCAGGGACAGUUGAUAAACGCACACUGCUUGAGGAAACACCUCUGUACUUAGCGACCAUCAGACAGAACAUUGACUGUGUACAGUUUCUGUUAGAGUCUGGAGCAGAACCCGAUAUCGCAAACAAGUCCAAGGAAACGCCUCUCUACAAAGCUUGCGAACACAAGAACGCAGAAAUUGUGAGUCUGCUGGUGAGGUUCAAUGCUGACAUUAACCAUCGCUGUAUCCAGGGCUGGGCAGCCCUUCAUGAAUCUGCCACUAAGGAUAGCAUAGAGAUCGCUGAAAUCCUGGUGCAAGGUGGAGCCAAAAUUGAAGCCACCAACAUCUAUGGGGUCACACCUCUUUUUGUUGCAGCACAGAGUGGAAACGUUGGGCCUUUGAGGUACCUUAUAUCAUUGGGUGCGGACGUCAACACCCAGGCUAGUGACAGUGCGACUGCUUUGUAUGAAGCCAGUAAAAACGGACAUGAUGAAGUUGUGGAGAUUCUCCUUUCUCAAAACGCAGAUGCCAACAAACCCAGCAAGCAUGGGUGGCUGCCACUUCACGUAGCGGCCCAGUGCGGAACUUAUGGAAAAAAGCUGUAUUACAAUGAGGUGGGCAGAACUGAUGAACAGGUUAAGAUCAUCUCAAUGCUGAUUCCCGUUACCAGUCGUGCACGAAUCAAGCGUUCUGGAAUCAGUCCGCUGCACCUGGCUGCUGAGCGGGACCGAGACGAUGCCCUGGAGCUGCUGAUAAAUUCUGGAUUUGAUGUCAAUGCCAUGCUGUCUCAUGAUCGCUCCCUGCUGUACGAGGACCGGCGUAGCACCCCACUCUAUUUUGCUAUCAGUAACAAAAACAUAAAUGCCAUAGAGAUGCUUUUGGAGGCCGGAGCCAACCCCAACAUUGACACGAUCAACCCUCUGCUGGUGGCCAUCCGUCAGGGAUGCAUCACCUCCAUGAAGCUUCUUGUGGAACAUGGGGCCAACAUUGACUGCUACAUCCCCACUCAUCCCACCUCCUUCCCAGCUACCAUCAUGUUCUCUAUGAAGUACCUCAGCCUGCUGAAGUUCCUGCUGGACCUUGGCUGUGAUGCAGACUCUUGUUUCAACUGCCAGUAUGGAAGCGCACCCCACCCUGUGCUUCCAACCACCAGCAGCUAUGAUGUACCUAGACAGGCCUCUACACCCAUGAUAGUGCAGUUCUGUGAGAUGGUUUCCACACCAGACAUAAGUCGAUGGGCUGGCCCAAUUAUUGAUGUCCUUCUUGACUACGUGGGCAACGUGACACUGUGCUCCAAGCUGAUAGCACACUUGGAUAGCUAUGAAGACUGGGCUGUGAUCAAAGAGAAAUCCCAGCUUCCAAGAAGUCUUUUACACCUCUCCAGACUAAAGGUCCGUCAGGUAUUGGGGAAGGAACGACUGAAGCACCUCAACACUUUGCCAAUUCCUGAAAGAAUGAUUCGAUACCUGGAUUACAACAUCUCCAUGGAAAUCUAAAGAAGAUCUCUUAUGACAGGGAAGCUGUGCUGUUAACCAGCAGAUGCUGAAAACAACGGUGUCAUAAACACUGUGAACAGGAAAACAUCCCAUAAACAGGCAGUGAUCUGUUUGGCCCUGUUACACAUGACACGGGAUAAGAGCCUAUGCUCAGCUGCAGUUACAGUGUUGCUCAUGUAUGACAUUUGCAGUAACAUAUCUAACUGUUCUGCUAGUGCUAAGCCACUGUACCAAACUUUACCACCAAGGUGGAGUGUUUAAAAAGCGCUCUUAAAGUAUUUUUAUGUUUUUUCAGUUUUGCUGUUCGUUUUUUCUAACACAAUUAAUUGCACUUGUGGAAUGCAAAGGGUUAUACACGUUAUUUAAUAAUUAAUUAAAUAUCUGGGUGUAAUAGUUAGGACUGCAGUAGAUCUUUCAGAAAACCAGGUGCAUUACAACUAUUGAUCAUUUUAAACUUUAAUAAUGUGAUUACAGUCCCAAUUUAGGAUUAUAAUGUUGUUACACUGAAGUUAAACUAUGGAUCGCUUGUUCUAAUUUAAUAUGUUAGUGAACCAAAGCAAAAAGUUUAAUUAUAUUAACAAUCAAAAUAUUUGAGUUAAACACCAGUAAUACAAAAUAAUAUGAAACAAAAUAAGAAGAGCUUAAUAUUGGAGAGGAGAGAGAGAAGGUUAAAAACAUUGUCAUUUAUACCCAUUCUUUUGCCAGGUUUUUGAGUAGUAUUUUUUAGGUUGCCACUUUCAUGAUUUCCCAUGUAUUGGCCUUUCCUCAAUCGCCAGUGUGAUGAGAAAAUAUAUUUUUAACUGACAUUCAAGACAGUAUCUGGUUAACUGUGAAGGCUUUGAAAGUGCAGUCCUUCAAAACACUAUAAUUGAGGGUUAUGCUAAUGUACCACUGAAAUUGUGAAUUCGUGUGAAUAUGGUUUUAAAUGAGCGUGGAACGUAUUUUGCCAGCCAAAUAAUCAUCUGUGUAUGAACUUUACAAGAAUUAAAAGUUCAUUUUUAAAAAUACCAAAAAUGCUAGUUUGGAAUUGGCCUGGGCUUUUAGGCUUGUCAGUGUCCUAAUUUAUUUUAAAUGUCUAUGAGAAGACAAGACGGUAUUUUAGGAAGCUGGGUGUUUACACUAUGAAAGGCGCUAUAUAAAAAUAAAGACAUUAUUAUUUAUUUAAGGUAUUGCAAUAUUAGGGGGUUGUCCAAUUUUAUAGUAAGCAGUGUAAUGUUAUAAAAGGCAGUAUAGUUUAAUAUGAGGAAGUGACAGUAUUUUGGAAGGCAGUAUAAUCUUAUAGGAAUGGGGAGAAAAUAUAGAAAGCAGAGGAUAAGUGGAGGACUGAGAAAUGGCUGUUAUGAGCUUAGUCCCAGUCACUCGGACCUCACCCUGUGAUUGGUGGGAUGUUUGUAUGAUGAGGAUGGAAGUUACAGUUAAUGUUUAUUAUUUUGAAAAAGACCCACAGCUUGAAUGCCAUUUGUUGGAUUUUAGUUUAAGCAUAGACUUUAAACCUGCUCGACCAGAGGUCUAUUGCCAGGUCCUACGUUUGGGGGAGCUACAGGUAGACUUAGGUAGCUGCAAGGGUGGUACAAGGCAAGAAACUUAGUUACCUUUCACUGUUUGUUUAAUUAGGAAGGUUGGUGGCUGUCCCUCAUUCUGAACUUUAAAACAUAUUUUGCAUAUAUUCAACAAGUUUUAAAUACAGACACAUGUCUGUGAGACACAACAGCUCUAUUGUUGUUCACAUAUAAAUAACAUCAUAGGUGAUUAUAUUAAGCUUAAGGUAGUAGAUGUACUGAAUUCCUGGAUUGUUUAUUUUAAAGUCACAUAUUGUAAUAUCUUGGUGCAAUGGUACUAUUAUUGACAUUAUUUUAAUAUUGACACAAUUAACUGGCUAAAUUAUUGCAUGCAAACGUUACAAGAACUGUGCCAAAAAGGGCAGAAUAACAUUUAAAAAGAUAUUUUUUUUAAUGUUGUAUUUCAUACUUUUUAUAAUCCUGCAUUGAUGUGAGAAAAUAUUAUUCUGAAUUGUAAGGUGUUGUGCACAGUGGUUCCAAAGAAUUUUAAAACCAAACGUAUAUGUACCAUAUGUAUAUUGUAAAAAUAUAGAAAUGGUUGUAUUUCUUAAGGUGGAACUACUGAUAGCUUUUUUUACGUGUGAUCCAAUAUUGUUUUAAUUUGUUGAGUGUGUGAAAAGGAUAUGAAUAGACUGUAAUAUAAAAGAAUAUCUGAAGUAAUAUGAAAUAUGUGUACAGUGUUUAUUUACGGAAAGUCUUACAAAUGUCACUUUUUAUUAGUUUUUUUCAAGUUUGUUAAAUAAUGAAUCAGUGAACUAUUUAACUGAAGAAUGAAUGAAUGAAUGAAU